AUGCGGCGGCGCGGCGUGGGCAUCGGCGCCGUGCGCAAGAAGCAGGAGCAGGCCAAGCAGUUCUCGGAGGUGGGCGAGCAGCUCGUGGAGGCCAACCUGUCGCACGUGGCGUCGCAGCUGGAGCUGUUCCGCGCGAACCUGCAGGCCUUCGCCAUCCAGCACAAGAGCAGCAUCAAGAAGGACCCGGACUUCCGGCGCAAGUUCCAGGUCAUGUGCGCCAAGAUCGGCGUGGACCCGCUGGCCUCCAAGAAGGGCUUCUGGUCCGAGCUGCUGGACGUGGGCGACUUCUACUACGAGCUGGCGGUGCAGAUCAUCGAGGUGGGCAUCCUCACGAGGCCCAAGAACGGCGGGCUCAUUGGCAUGAGCGACCUGCUGAGGCUGCUGGGCAAGAAGCGCGGCCCCGCCAUGCAGACGGUCACGGACGACGACGUCAAGCGCGCGGUCAAGAAGCUCAGCGUGCUGGGCGAAGGCUUCCAGCUGAUUGACAUGGAGGAGCGGACCAUGAUUGUGACGGUGCCAGUGGUGCUGAGUCAGGACCACUCGACGAUCUUGGCGCUGGCGCAGACGACGGGCGGCAUGGUGAACGUCAGCAUCCUGGCGCGCGAGCUGCAGUGGGACAAGAAGCGCAGUAUGCUGGCGCUCAAUGUGCUGCUGCGCGAGGGCAUGACGUGGCUGGACGAGCAGACCAGCGAGCCGUCCUACUUCUUCCCGAGUAUCACGCUGUCGGGCACCUACACUUGA